AUGCGUUCUACUUCAUUUGCGCCACUCCUGCUGUCCUCGCUCUUCUUUUCUAUCCCACUGUGGGCGCAGCAGAAUGGCGCAGAGUCAUCAAUCGAGUACACAGACGAUACUCGGUUCCGCGAUGUAGUCCUCGACGUGACGAAUACGUAUCGAAAGCAGCACAACGCGACGGCCUUGGGAUGGAAUUCGACAUUAGCAGAUUAUGCGGCAGAUUGGAGCGAGGAUUGCGAGUUCAAGCACAGCGGUGGCCCCUACGGAGAAAACCUAGCCUCUGGAUAUUCGAAUGUAACUGAGUCGAUUGUAGGGUGGGGGGAAGAGCGGGAGGAGUACAACUUCAAUGGGGGGCAGUUCAGCUCAUCCACUGGUCACUUUACACAAUUGGUGUGGAAGAACACUACCCAAGUUGGCUGUAGUCGUACUCAGUGUAACGCCGGUCAACAAGGUGGUGAGGGCGAUGCGCCCGGCUGGUACCUUGUGUGUGAGUAUUCACCUGCAGGGAAUGUCAUCGGCGCGUUUGGCGAUAACGUACAAGAGGCGGUACGAGAGGAUCAGCAGCCCGAGGGACCAAACGCUUCAGGAGUGCCAAGUGCAGAGAGUGUUGCUGCAGGAUUGAUCAAGGUCAGCUGGCGGGCACAGUGGAUUGUCAUGAUAGCAAGCUGUCUAUGCUCUAAUCUUAUAUAA